AAAUUAAUUAUUUCAAAAUAACUAGAAAAAAGUACUAAUUUGAUUCUAUUGAUUCGAGUUCCCGGGCGACGUUGCAACGGCGCAUGCUCGAAAAGCGCUCGGAAAAUUCGCGACUACGCCUGCUGAAGGUCCGGUUGGUUUCAAAUAAGUAAUUUGUAACCGCGCAAGAUGGGUAAGGAGAAGACUCAUAUUAAUAUCGUGGUGAUCGGCCACGUGGACUCCGGCAAGUCCACCACCACCGGGCACCUCAUCUACAAAUGUGGUGGUAUCGACAAACGUACCAUCGAGAAGUUUGAAAAGGAAGCCCAGGAGAUGGGCAAGGGAUCCUUCAAGUAUGCUUGGGUAUUAGACAAGUUAAAAGCAGAGCGUGAGCGCGGUAUCACGAUCGAUAUUGCACUGUGGAAGUUUGAAACCGCUAAGUACUAUGUGACAAUUAUCGACGCACCCGGACAUAGGGACUUCAUCAAGAACAUGAUCACUGGCACCUCCCAGGCGGAUUGCGCUGUUUUAAUAGUGGCUGCCGGUACGGGAGAGUUCGAAGCGGGCAUCAGCAAGAACGGACAGACGCGCGAGCACGCGCUCCUCGCCUUCACGCUCGGCGUCAAGCAGCUGGUCGUUGGCGUCAACAAGAUGGACUCCACCGAGCCGCCCUACCACGAGGCCCGCUACGAGGAGAUCAAGAAGGAAGUCUCCUCUUAUAUCAAGAAAAUUGGCUACAACCCGGCAACCGUGGCGUUCGUGCCCAUCUCGGGCUGGCACGGCGACAACAUGCUGGAGCCCUCCGACAAAAUGCCCUGGUUUAAGGGGUGGACCGUCGAACGCAAGGAGGGCAAAGUCGAGGGGAAGUGUCUCAUUGAGGCGCUGGACGCGAUCCUGCCGCCGUCGCGGCCCACCGAGAAGCCGCUCCGGUUGCCUCUGCAGGACGUGUACAAGAUCGGCGGCAUAGGCACCGUGCCCGUCGGCCGCGUCGAGACCGGCAUACUCAAGCCAGGCAUGGUGGUUGUAUUUGCGCCGGCGGCCAUCACCACCGAGGUGAAGUCCGUGGAGAUGCACCACGAGGCGCUGCAAGAGGCGAUGCCCGGAGACAACGUCGGAUUCAACGUCAAGAACGUGUCGGUGAAGGAGCUGCGCCGCGGGUACGUGGCCGGCGACUCCAAGAACUCGCCCCCCAAGGGCGCCGCCGACUUCACCGCGCAGGUGAUCGUGCUGAACCACCCGGGACAGAUCAGCAACGGCUACACGCCGGUGCUGGAUUGCCACACGGCGCACAUCGCCUGCAAGUUCGCCGAGAUCAAGGAGAAGUGCGACCGCCGAACCGGCAAAACCACGGAGGUGGACCCGAAGUCGAUAAAGUCUGGCGACGCGGCAAUCGUGACGCUGGUCCCGACCAAGGCGCUGUGCGUGGAGUCGUUCUCGGAGUUCCCGCCGCUCGGCCGCUUCGCCGUGCGCGACAUGCGCCAGACCGUCGCCGUCGGCGUCAUCAAGAGUGUCAACUUUAAAGAAGUCACCACUGGAAAAAUCACGAAGGCCGCCGAGAAGGCCCAGAAGAAGAAAUAACUAUGGAGCAGUUUAAAUAUAACACUGCAGCCGGUGAACAUCGUCCGCUGCGCAACGCCUCGUUCUGUCGUGCCCCUCUGUUCGGUCCCGGUCACCCCCCCUAUCCCUUUCCCUCCGCGCGACGCCCUCGUAGCCUGUCUUACUCAUCGGAGCUUCUUCACUGGUGACAUCACGCUCAUCCCUCAAGUAUGCAUUUAUCAUAGCACGAUAUUGUUAAAGUUAGUUCGUUUUAGUUACGCUUACGUGUUAAGUUUAUGUAUUUGUGAUUAUUUUAGUCGUAAGUUACUCUCAAAGUUUGAGUUUCCAUAUCUACAAGCUCGUUACGUUUUGUUUUUUCAUCGCAAGGAGUUCAGAAGGAAAAGCAAUGGUAUUGUGGUUGAAUUUUUAAACCAUGUCACUACACAUAUUUCGCUAACUUGUACGAUUAAGAGCAAACUUCCUUCAAAUAUGUAUAGGUACUUUUUCAUUUAUACUGAGCUCGGCAUCAUCAAAAACUCUGCUAAAACUUUAUAGAACUAUUA